AUGCCUUGGGCGCGCAGUCUGCUCUCUCACGUCCUUCCAACCUUCCACCUGAGGGUGAUCCGGUGCUGCCUGGACCCUGAGGGUCCCGCUGUUCUGGUGCAGAGCAACUUCUACUUCGAAAGGUUUACGUCUGAGAGCUCGCAGUCCUUGCGGAAGGGUGGGAGCAACACCGCCCAGGUCGUCAAGCUCGGCAACGAACGCCCAUGCAUGAGUGGUGCUGCUAACUCCGCCUUUCGCUGCUUGUGCGAGUUGCAGAACGCGAAAACAGCUUCGAGGAAUUGGAUGAUCUGGCCACCUGAUGGAAGCACUCUACUCAUGCGGCUGGAGACAGCAACGAGAAUAGCACACGACGUUCAGUAUGCCAGUGCGCUCUCAAGGAAAGGCGCCUCGUGUGGCAAGUUUUGCCUUAACACCGUAGGCUGGGACGAUCUCCCAGAAGCGUUGAAGCUUGAAGAGCGGAGCGCUUUAGAAUUCAUUCCCAUGCCGCCGGGUCGCCAAUGCUCGCAGGCGAAACUCGCGCACGAGGCAUGCAUCUUCGUCAUCGUCACGUACAAGCCAUCACUCGCCGUUCUCGAUGAUUAG